UGCAAUAAAUGCGUUCCAUAAUAACAAAACCACAGACCCCCCCCCCCACCCCCUCACAACAGCCAAACAACAAAAUGUCCUCCAUAUAUGACCACGUCUUGUUCUGGUAUGUUUCCAGUCAACAGUGUACACCAUGGAAUCUGCAGGCUUGCAGCAAAACCCCUUGGUAUGAAAAUACAUCUCAUCUCCCAGGGACAGAUCUCAGCUGUCCCCCAGCUCCCCACACUUUCUGGCUCCUGCUGGUUUGUCACAGGGAGCUGCUUCUGAUUGAGGGGGGGGGCACAGCGGACGUGGAGAGCCUGUAUGUGAUUUUGGCCAACUGCCAGCAGUUUAUGACACAAUCCAGGUUUUCUGUGACAUUUCAGAGAUUUCCUGACUUUCCAAAAUUCUACAUUCCGGGAUGAACUGUCUAAAGAUACACACUUUACUGAUUGAGAUGUUGGCAAUUUUGACAGGUUCAGCCUGGUGUUCAGAAGACGAGACUCGUCUGCUACAGACUCUGUUCACUGGUUAUGACAAGGUGGUCAGACCCGUGAGUCACUACAGAGACCCGGUGGUGGUGACCGUCGGCCUGCAGCUCAUCCAGCUCAUUAAUGUGGAUGAAGUCAAUCAGAUAGUCACUAGCAAUGUGCGGCUAAAGCAGAUAUGGGAGGAUGUAAAUCUAAAGUGGAACCCUGAUGAUUAUGGCGGAAUCCGAAAGAUCCGAAUCCCAUCCACAGAUAUUUGGCGUCCUGACUUAGUACUCUACAACAAUGCAGAUGGAGAAUUUGCUAUUGUACAUGAGACCAAGGUUCUGCUGGAGAACACAGGUCGGAUAACCUGGAACCCUCCAGCCAUCUUUAAGAGCUACUGUGAGAUCAUCGUGCUUCACUUUCCCUUUGACCUGCAGAACUGCAGUAUGAAGCUGGGGACGUGGUCCUAUGAUGGAACCCUUGUUGUUAUCAACCCGGACAGCGACCGGCCUGACCUCAGUAACUUCAUGGAGAGUGGAGAGUGGGUGAUGCAGGACUAUCGCAGCUGGAAGCACUGGGUGUACUACGCCUGCUGCCCGGACACGCCCUACCUGGACAUCACCUACCACUUCCUGAUGCUGCGUCUGCCCCUCUACUUCAUCGUCAAUGUCAUCAUCCCCUGCCUGCUCUUCUCCUUCCUGACCGGCCUGGUCUUCUACCUCCCGACCGACUCUGGUGAGAAGAUGACGCUGUCUAUCUCCGUCCUGUUGUCUCUGACUGUGUUCCUCCUGGUCAUCGUGGAGCUCAUCCCCUCCACCUCCAGUGCUGUGCCUCUCAUCGGAAAGUACAUGCUCUUCACCAUGGUCUUCGUCAUAGCCUCCAUCGUCAUCACUGUCAUCGUCAUCAACACGCACCACCGGUCGCCCAGCACGCACGCCAUGCCCCAGUGGGUGCGCAAGUUCCUCGCCUUCAUUACCCAGAUUUUCAUCGAGACCAUCCCCAACUUCAUGUUUCUCUCGACUAUGAACCGACCAUCGAGGGACAAGUACAAGAAGAGCUUCCAGCCUGCUGACCUGGACAUCUCCGACAUCUCUGGCAAGCCCACCCCGACCUUUGUGACCUUCCAGACCCCGAUCACCAAGAACCCGGAUGUCCGGAGUGCCAUCGACGGGAUAAAGUACAUAGCAGAGACCAUGCGGUCUGAUGAAGAGUUCAACCUUGCUGCUGAGGAAUGGAAGUUUGUAGCCAUGGUAAUGGACCACAUCUUGCUGUGGGUGUUCAUGGCAGUCUGCAUCAUAGGGACCGUGGGAGUGUUUGCUGGUCGCCUCAUUGAGCUGAGUAGGAUAGGCUAAUGGAGGGGAGGAGUCAUGGAGAGGAGGAGUCAUGGAUCUGGCCACGCAUUGGCUCUCCUGACCGCUUCCCACCCUGGCCCAAUUAUAAAUUAGCAGAGAAUGAAUAAAUUAAUUAUAUUAAUCAUUGAUUGGAUGGUGGAUAGGUGGUUUGAUUUAUGGUGUGUAGUUGAUUGAUUGACUGAUUGAUUUAUUGAUUGUGUAGUUGAUUGUUUGGUUGACUAGAUCAUUGAUUGAUUGAAUAGUUGGUUAGAUGACUGAUUGUUUGGUCUAUUAGACAGUUGAUUGGUUGGUUUGAUAGUUUAUUAGACAGUUGAUUGGUUGGUGAAGUGGACUUCUGUUCCCCACGGAAAUUACAGUUUGACAUUAGUGCUCACACUUAAUGUAGACGAGUUAGUGACAAUGCUCGAUUCAUUAGUUACUGUUCUCAUUGUGUUUGCGAUGGGGAAAAAGAGUGAAAUAAAAAUAACGAUCUACUUAGGCAUGUUUGCUCCCCCCCCCCUCCAUUUUUCUACUUGGACAGGGAACUCAUAACCUUUAGUUCUGGUAAACUAUUUGUGAUGUAAUGAA